GCCAUGAGUCCCCGGCUCCUGCUGCUUCUGUUCUGCAGCCUCCCCGUUCUCCCAUGGGCCGGCGGCCAGGAGUUGCUGCGGGCCUGGGUAGUCGCCCACAGCCACAUGGACGUCGGCUGGAUUUACACGGUGCAGGAAAGCAUGCAUGCUUAUGCAGCAAAUGUCUACACAUCUGUUGUAGAAGAGCUAACGAAAGGAAAGCAACGCAAAUUUAUUGCUGUGGAGCAGGAAUUCUUUAGGCUCUGGUGGGAUGGAGUAGCCACAGAUAAGCACAAGCAGCAGGUCCAUCACUUGCUUCAGGAGGGACGACUGGAAUUUGUCAUUGGAGGGCAAGUGAUGCAUGAUGAAGCUGUGACACUAAUUGAUGAUCAGAUUUUACAGUUGACGGAAGGCCAUGGAUUUUUGUAUGAAACUUUUGGGAUCAGGCCUCAGUUUUCUUGGCAUGUUGAUCCUUUUGGAGCUUCAUCUACAACACCAACUCUUUUUGCUCUGGCUGGUUUUAAUGCUCACCUUAUUUCUCGAAUUGAUUAUGAUCUGAAGACUGACAUGCAGAAAAACAAGAAGCUUCAGUUUGUAUGGCGAGGCUCUCCUUCCUUAUCUGAAAGACAGGAGAUCUUCACCCAUGUUAUGGAUCAGUACAGCUACUGCACCCCAUCACAAAUACCUUUUUCAAACAGAUCAGGAUUUUAUUGGAAUGGAAUUGCAGCUUUCCCAGAUCCACCAAAAGAUGGUGUAUAUCCAGACAUGAGUGUUCCUGUUACAGAUACUAACAUCCAUUUGUAUGCACAAACCAUGGUGGCAAACAUUAAGGAGAGAGCAGCCUGGUUCCGAACAAGUGAUGUUUUGUGGCCGUGGGGCUGUGACAAACAGUUCUUUAAUGCAUCUGUUCAGUACUCCAACAUGGACCUGUUGUUGGAUUAUAUUAACAAACAUUCUGAUGAGUUUGGAGUGACUGUCCAGUAUGCCACUGUUGGUGAUUACUUCCAAGCACUUUAUAGCAGAAAUCUUACCUGGGAAGUUCGGGACUCUCAAGACUUUCUUCCGUAUUCAACAGAGCCAUUUCAGGCAUGGACUGGGUUUUACACUUCUCGGAGCACAUUAAAAGGAAUUGCAAGGAGAGCAAGUUCACUGCUUUAUGCUGGAGAGUCCUUUUUUACACAGUAUGUUCAGAAACACCCAGCAAGCUCUAUUUGCAAGUGUAGAGCCUUAAAACAACUUCAGAGCCUUAGAUGGGCAGUUUCUGAGGUCCAGCACCAUGAUGGUAUAACAGGCACGGAGUCUCCCAAGGUGAAGGACAUGUACAUGAAUAACUUGAUGUAUGGAAUGUUCAAUGUAAAGAAGCUAAUGGCUUCCAUAAUCUUUGACAUGAACAAUGCAAAGAAGAAUGGAGAGGUCUAUUCUUCUGUUUACAAUCAAGACUCAGGAAUGCCAGGUGCUACAGAUGUUGAUCAAUACGUUGUUGUCUAUAAUCCACUGGCCUGGAACAUCACUACCUUUGUCACAGUUUCUGUCAGUGACAUGGCAAUGAGUGUGUAUGAUGAACUGGGACGGUCUGUACCAGCACAGAUUCAAAGCCCUGUGGAGUCCAGUUCUACAUAUGAUCUCUAUAUUCUUGUUGAAAUAAGUGGUCUGAGCUACAGAAAAUACUAUGUUAAAGCCUUGACUGGUGAGCAGUCUGCCUUUAUUGGGAGAUCAGUCAAGUACAAACGAAAAGACCUCACUCGUGCAGGUCGAGAACGUCGACAAUUGCUUCCUGUGGUUAACAACUGCUACCAGGUCUUGUUUGACCAGAGCACAAAUCUAAUGCACAGCAUUACAGAGAGGCAGACUAACCAGACUGUCCAGCUGACCCAGGAGUUCCUUGAGUACCAUGUGAAUGGAAAUGUGACAAAGGGACCCAUUUCAGAUAACUACUUAUUUGCCCCAAAUGCUUCAGCUGUUCCAGUAUCAAAAGCAGUGGGAUUGGAAGUGGUUUUUGGCAACUUGGUGACAGAGAUCCGUCAGUAUUUCUAUAGUAACAUGACAGCUCAGGACUACACCUAUGCAGUGUAUACCAGGAUGUAUACAGUACCAGAAGGCUACGAUGGGAAAUUGCUUUGCCAUAGGAUAGAGCAGGAGUACAGCGUUGGGCCUUUGGACUUCAAUCGUGAAGCAGUUCUAAGAACCAGCACCAAUUUGAACACCAGGCACCUACUCUACACUGACAGCAAUGGAUACCAGAUUCAGAAAAGACCAUUCAAGGCAUAUGUGAAUAACACAGUGGCUCGGAACUAUUAUCCUGUGGUCCAGACUGCCUACAUUGAAGAUGAUACCACAAGGCUGAUGCUCCUUGCAGAAAGAGCUCAUGGUGUCUCCAGUCAAGGAAAUGGACAAGUGGAGGUGAUGCUUCACAGGAGACUGUGGAACAACCUUCAGUGGGAUCUGAAUAACAAUCUCACUUUGAAUGACUCCUCUGUGGUUCGCCCUGUGAUUUGGCUUAUUUUAGGAUCCAAGGCUGUCACCAAUAUUUUGUAUCGGACGAGUGGACUGCUGUUGGAACACAGGCCAGUGGUAAUGUUUGGAGCAUUACCAGGAGAUAAACCAUGGCUACCCAGACAACAUCAGCAGAAUUCAGUCCACAGUUCAGCUGUAACUCUCCCACCUAAUCUUCACCUUCAGACCCUGAGCAUUCCAGGGUGGAGAUACAGCUCUAAUCAUUCUGAACAGGUCCAUGACAUCCACGUGGGUAAACAGAAGCAAGGUGAUGCAGACUUCAGUCGUGUUCUGCUAAGAAUUAGGCACUUGUAUGAAGCUGGAGAGGAUCCUGUGCUGUCUCAACCUGUGAUGGUAAAUCUCAAGUCUUUGCUAAAGGGAUUAGGAUCAGUGGUGGCAGUGGAAGAGCGAUCACUCACGGGCACCUGGGAUAUCAACACUUUGAAGCGGUGGAAAUGGAAGACUGCACAAUAUCCAAGCAAAGGACUCUUCAGCAUCACAGAGACCACAGACAACUGCACAGUAACUGUUCACCCUAAGGAAAUAAGGACUUUCUUUGUGUAUUUUCAAGGUCAAUAAAGUUCCAUGUUGUAUUUCAGGAGUGAACUUGUCAAAGCUUCCAAUUUUUGUUUCAAGACAGGAAGGAGUGAUGAUCUUGAAAAACAUUGUACUGCUGUUAAUGAAAUAGUCA